UCCUCUACGUGGAACUCCAAUUGUCCAAUCCCAACCUUCAAAAUUGUUCUGUGGGUAAUGCAGAACCUUUUUACACUCUAUAAUUCCAAAAUGGCCGUUCUCCAGAAAAAUCAACUCCUCGGUCUAAGGUUAAAUAAUAGGAAAUAAAGCGUGUCAUGGGGAGAUGAACCUAUGAAACCUACUACAAAAAAUAAUUUCUUCUAAAUAAAAAAAAUAAUCAUGCUACCAUCAGUGAUAUUGUCGACAAAGUGCUUGCGAAUUCUCCAGCAUCGUCAGCCUUUUGACCGGAUUCUGCUCUCGAUAAAACCCAGAAAAUCCCUUCACACUAGCUCCAGUUGCCUCGUCAAUACUGAAAAAGAGAAAUCAGCUAAGAUCGCGCUAUUCUCCGCAGCGCGGAAGGAAAAGAAGGAGAAGGAAACAUACUUAAAUGUCAUCUAUACUUACAAGAAUGCUCCUGCUAGAAAGACAGGUCAUGUGCAGUUCAUCUAUGCUGCCCUGAGGUACAUGGAUGAGUUUGGGGUGAGCGAGGACCUUGAGGUGUACAAAGCAGUCAUAGACACUCUACCCAAGGGGAGAUUCGUCUGCCGGAACCUCCUCCAGGCUGAGUUCAUGCUGUAUCCUCGUGAACAACAGUGCGCCAUCGAUCUCCUGGAGAAGAUGGAGGAGAAUGGAGUGAUACCAGAUGAAGAGCUUGAGUUAAUGUAUAUUAAUAUAUUUGGAGAGCUGGCGAUUCCCCUGAGGAAGCUCAGGAGAAUGACCUACUGGCAGGGAAAAUUCAAGAAUAUGAACCCUUGGCCGUGGCCCAAACCCAUGCCGAAUAAUCCUCUUGAUCUUGCCAAGAUGGCUAUCGAGAAGAUUGCGAGUGUCGAUGUUCAAAGCAAAGUCUCAAUUUUCGAUACUGAAAAUGUUAAAGAGUCCAUUGAUAAGACUUGGAUUGUGAGUGCAUCAAGUCCUGACCAGGAGAGGCUCAUUGCAGAGCAUCCUAAGGAUGUUGCUGCAUAUGUAGAGGGCCCUUACAAGCUCUGGAUAUCCAAAGGAGCUGUUGAUUUUUUUUUGUUGACAGCUGAUCCGAGGAAAACGUGGAAACACGAGGGCUUCGACGUUGACGAUAUUUCCAAUUAUCAAAUCGAUUUUUGGAGGAAAAAUCGUCAAGCCUUAGCACUCCAGCGGAGUAUCCACGAACAGGAGGACAAAACAAUUUUCGGUGUCUGUGCGACAGGAACAUCGAGUAAAGACUCACUCCUCUCGUGGAUCAGGUGUCUCCAGCCUCGUAAUCCUGCGUUGGAGCAAAUUCCGAUUCUCUUCAAGUUCACGCAAAACGUGGAUGAGCAGCAGCAAGUCAUCGGAGCAGGGGAUACGGGGAGUCCGAUAGGGGUUGAGGGAGAAACGACCGAGAAAAUCGGCGUGUAACGGGAUAAGUUGUGUAUUAUUUGUAAAUAAAAAAGAAUGGAAUAGUGAAUUCUGAUUGAAUUUUUGGUAAUUCACAUUCUCCAGUGACUUGUAAAAAAAUAAACAAAAAUCCAACAUAA